AUGAAGGUUGAAAUCGAUUCGUUUUCCGGUAACAAGAUCUACCCAGGUAGAGGUACCUUGUUUGUCAGAGGUGACUCCAAGGUGUUCAGAUUCUCGUCAUCGAAAUCUGCCUCUUUAUUCCACCAAAGAAAGAACCCAAGAAGAAUUGCUUGGACUGUAUUGUACAGAAGACAACACAAGAAGGGUAUUUCUGAGGAAACCACCAAGAGAAAGAACAGAAGAACCGUCAAGCACCAAAGAGCCAUUGUCGGAGCUUCAUUGGAUUUGAUUAAGGAGAGAAGAUCGCAAAAACCUCAAGACAGAAAGCAUGCCAGAGACCUCAAGUUGGCUAAGGACAAGGAAGCCAAGAAGGCUGCUAAGGCCAGUAGAAAGGCUGAGAAGGCCAAGUCUGCUGCUGCCGGAGCUCAGUCCAAGUUUUCCAAGCAACAAGCCAAGGGUGCUUUCCAAAAGGUGCACGCUACCUCCCGUUAA